AUGGCAACGCUCCGCAUCGCCUCGUGGGCCGUCUCCCUGACCUACGCCGACCUACCGGAAUCCGUCGUGCGAGCCGCGGUCAGGAGUUUCUACAAUUGGACCGGCUGCGCGAUAGGGGGCUCGACGCAUCCAACGACCACUACUGCUUCGAAGGCGCUGGCAGCGUUCUUUGGCGCCCCAACCUCGAGUAUUCUCGGGGGCGGCGCGGGUGGUCAGGACGGCUUGCCUGCUCGACGAACCGAUGCGUCUCACGCUGCUCUGGUCAAUGGUAUUGCGUCCCAUGUCCAUGACUAUGACGAUACGCAUCUUGAGACUAUCAUCCACCCAACGGGGCCCGUGGCGAGUGCGUUGCUUGCGCAGGCGGAGGCGUCGGGGGCGGAUGUGUGUGGCGAGCAGUUCAUUCUCGCUCUUGUCGUUGGCAUCGAGGUGGAAUGUAAAGUCGGAUUGGCGGUCUGGCCGGCACAUUACGAUGUAGGGUGGCACAUUACCAGCACGACCGGUUCCAUUGGCGCCGCGGUGGCCGUAGGCAAACUACUCAAUCUCUCGGAAAAGCAAGUGGCGCAUGCGAUCGGUAUUGCUGCGACCCAAGUCGCUGGACUCCGCGAGAUGUUUGGAUCCGAUACCAAGUCAUUUCACGUUGGAAGAGCUGCGCAGAAUGGACUGAUGGCCGCCAUCCUCGCUUUGAACGGGUAUACCAGCUCUCUGCAAGCGCUGGAGGCGAAACGAGGCUGGGCAAACGUUGUCAGUACAACACAGAACCUCGACCUGCAAGUCGCAACGUUGGGCAGAGUGUGGGAGAUCGACAGGAAUGCUUUUAAACCUUUCCCUUGUGGUAUUGUCGUCCAUCCUGUCAUUGACGGUUGUAUUCAAUUGCACAAAGAGAUGAAAGCCAAGGGUCUAUCUGCUUCGAAUAUAAAGGCUGUGUCUUCGAAAGUCCACCCGCUCGUCCUGGAAUUGACGGGAAAGAAAACGCCUCAGGACGGGCUCCAGGCCAAAUUCAGCGUUUACCACGGUGGCGCGGUAGGAUUGGUUCUGGGGAAGGCCGGGCCUGCGCAAUAUGAUGACUCGGUGGUGACCAAUGCAGAGAUGAUUUCUGUUAGAGACAAAAUCGACGCGAUUGCAGAUGACCAGCUCAGAACAGACGAGGCAGAGAUGGUAGUUGAGUUUCAAGACAGGCAGGCGUUGAAUUGCCAUGUUGAGCAUGCGAUUGGAAGCCUAGAUGUUCCCAUGACGGAUGAGCAGCUGGAAGAGAAGUUCAUUGACCAAGCCAGUCUGGUGUUGGGUAUCGAGAGGGCACGGAAGGCCAGUCAGACCUGCUGGGCGUUGAAGAAAGUCCGCCAUGUCGGUGAUUUGGUGAGAGCAUUAUGA